AUGGAUACGUUACUCACCGCUGAAAUCGUGGCCAACUCCCCACAGUUUCGCCGCAAGUCAUCUAUUUUUGUCGAUGCUAUCCAUGACUUGCCAGAAAAGGCAGAUCUCGCGCCGGCCCAACUGUACAGCACAGAAUCUGGUCGCCUUUUCCAUUCAGGUCGCAUUGUGAUCAUUACUGUCGGCUUACCCGCAAGAGGCAAAACGCUUGGUGUCAAGACCCGAAUCUUCCAUCUGGGUGAUUAUCGUCGUGCUACGAUUCCAUUUGGCGAGGAUAUGCCAGAUGAUUAUUUCUAUGUCAAUGCAACCGCCAAGUCUGUGCUUUUGCGCCAAAAGAUCGUCAGGAAAUGCCGAGAAGACAUCUAUCACUUCUUGAACCACGAAAAUGGACAAAUUGCCAUAUAUGACGCCGUCAAUCCACUUGCUUCCGGACGGCGCUCCUUGGCCAAGGAGUUCGCAAAGCAUGAUAUUGAGACCCUGUUCAUUGAGUCCUGGUGUGAUGAUGAGCGCAUCAUUGAAGAGAAUGUUCGUCGAGUCAAGAUCUCCUCUCCUGAUUACGUCUCAUGGAGCUCAGAAGAUGCCGUUAAACAUUAUUUGAACCGCAUCUCUUCUCGCAUUCCCCAAUUCCAGACCAUGGAGGAGAAAGACUUGAAUUACAUCAAAAUGAUCAAUGCUGGCGAGCGACUCGUUGUCAACAACCGAACUUUUGGCUACCUCUCUAACCGUAUCGUCUUUUAUCUUUUGAAUCUCCACAUCAAAUCGCGAAGGACUUACUUUGCUCGAGCUGGCGUUUCGUUGGAAGCAGAUUCCUACAAAGCCGAUGCUUCGCUAUCAGAGCAAGGAGAAGACUAUGCCAAGAAGAUGACGGCCCGCCUGUUGGCUCACCGUGAAGAAGAGAAACGAGCAAUGAUUGAGCGAGGAGAGACCGGCUAUGAAUCCAGACCCAUGAAGGUGUGGACCUCUACCCGACGCAGGACAGUGGAGACCGCAAAAUAUCUCUACGAUAACGGUUACAAAGUUCGACAGAGGUCUCAAUUGAGCCAAUUGAAUCCCGGUGUCUGCGAACAGAUGUCCGAGAGGCGCAUUAGAGCCGAGUUUGGAGACGAGGUAUCCAAACAUGAGCUUGAUCCUUACCACCACAGAUACCCCCGAGCAGAGUCAUAUCAUGACCUCGCCGUCCGCCUCGAGCCAAUUAUCCUGGAACUGGAGAGAGAACAGACUGAUCUGCUUAUCAUCGCACAUGAAAGUGUUCUAAGGGUUUUGUAUGGCUAUCUCAUGGCCUGCAAUGCUGCGGAUAUUCCAUUCCUCGAAUUCCCUCGUGACGAGAUCAUUGAGAUCAUCCCUGAAAGUUACCAGAAUGAGGCCAUGCGGAUCCAUAUCCCUGACCUCCCCGAAGAGAUCAUUCCCGACUCUCCCGAGGACCUGAAGAUCCCCGUGCCCCCGAGCGGUGUUGUAUCGCCAAUGCAGGGGUUGGGUAGCCCAGAAGGCCAGGGGACCCCACAGAGCGGUUUCCGAACGCCGAGUGGCAUCCGUACCCCCCGUGAACCUGAAAGGAUCUCACAACAGCAUGUCGAAGAUGUGGUCUAG